AUGGCGAAUAAUAACAGAUUACUCGCCCCUCCUAUUUUCAUUGAUACCUCACAAGCGAGCUCGUCCUCGUCAACAAUAGAACAGGAUAAUAUCUCGCCUGACAGACCAUUCUCCAGCAAUGGCAGCUUUCUCACCGCUCAUAGCCCCAUCUCGAUGGAUGGAGAGACACUCCGUUCGCGGGCAAAUUCAUUUAAUUCUAAUGUAGAUACCCUCAGGUCUCGAUCUGACUCCAUGGCGCAUAAGGAUCUGGACAAUGUGCACUAUGACGAUGUGCCAGUAUCAGAAGCGUUAAACCCCGACCAGCGAAACGAGAAUGAUUUUAAGGUCGAUAAUAAUCCCUUUGCGUUUACGCCCGGUCAGCUCAACAAGAUGCUUAACCCCAAGUCUCUAGCUGCCUUUCGAGCGCUGGGUGGGCUUCGAGGCUUAGAACGUGGUCUCAGAACGGACUUGGCGGCAGGCUUGUCCUUUGACGAAAGUCAACUGGAAGGAACCGUCACUUUCGAAGAGGCAACCCGACCGGAUUUGAAAAAGGGAAUCGAGACGAGAACUCCAUCUGGAAUAGCGGAAAGUCACACCGGCUCACCAGCAGAAGGGCAGUUCACGGAUCGAGUCCGUGUCUUCAAACAAAACAGACUUCCGGAACGGAAAAGUGACGGCUUCUUUGUCUUAUUAUGGAGAGCAUACAACGACAAGAUCAUCAUUCUGUUAACGAUUGCCGCGGUUGUCUCGUUAUCCUUGGGUCUAUACGAGACAUUUAGCGGGGGUUCUAAAGUUGAUUGGAUCGAAGGCGUGGCUAUUUGCGCAGCCAUUAUCAUUGUUACCGUCGUUACGGCUGCCAACGAUUGGCAGAAAGAAAGGCAAUUUGUGAAAUUGAACCGCCGAAAAAAUGACCGGGAAGUUAAAGCGAUCCGAUCCGGAAAAUCUGUUAUGAUAUCUGUUUUUGACAUCACAGUCGGCGACAUUCUGCAUCUAGAGCCGGGAGAUGCUGUUCCAGCCGAUGGAGUAUUCGUCAGUGGACAUGGAGUCAAGUGUGACGAAUCUUCCGCAACUGGAGAAUCCGAUCAAAUGAAGAAGACCAGUGGACACGAAGUUUGGCAACGAAUGGAAGACGGCACUGCGACCAAGAAGUUAGAUCCUUUUAUCAUUUCCGGAAGUAAGGUGUUGGAAGGAGUCGGAACCUACCUGGUUACCAGUGUCGGCCCCAAUUCCACCUAUGGCAAGAUUAUGCUCUCCUUACAGACAUCCAACGAUCCGACUCCAUUGCAAGUGAAGCUAGGAAAAAUGGCCGACUGGAUUGGCGGUUUGGGCACAGCUGCCGCUCUUCUUUUGUUCUUCAUCCUUCUCAUUCGAUUCCUUGUGCACCUGCCUGAGAAUACCGGUACACCAGCAGCCAAGGGUAAGGAGUUCAUGGAAGUCAUGAUCGUCGCAAUCACUGUGAUCGUCGUGGCAAUUCCAGCAAAACCGAAGUGGCUAUGUUACAAACUUGUGCAUAAUUAUCUUGGUUUGAAACUGCUAGAAGAGCGGGCAAACGCCGAGAUCACCCAGCUGGUUCCGUUCGAUUCAGCUCGCAAGUGUAUGGGCGUUGUUGUUCGUCAGGAUGAUGGGUCCUACCGACUCCAUGUGAAAGGUGCUGCUGAGAUGAUGCUCGCAAAGGCGACCCAAGUUAUCUCCGAUUUGUCCCAGGAUUCCUACAGAAUUGAACCCCUCCAAGCCAAUUCUAAGGACGCGGUUCUCGACACUAUCAACUCAUAUUCCCAGCGGUCACUCCGGACAAUCGGUAUGGUAUACAAGGACUUCGAAUGUUGGCCACCGCGUGGCGCGAAAACCCAAGAAGACGACAAAUCUAUGGCUGAUUUUGAUGACAUUUUCCAUAAUAUGACUUGGAUUGGUGUUGUUGGAAUCCAAGAUCCACUACGUCCCGAGGUUCCUAAUGCCAUCCAAAAGUGCAACAUGGCCGGGGUACAAGUCAAGAUGGUUACCGGUGACAAUAUGACUACUGCAGUCGCCAUUGCGACCGAAUGUGGCAUAAAAACUCCUGAGGGAACUGCCAUGGAAGGUCCUAAAUUUCGCCAACUUUCUGACGAAGAAAUGGAUCGUAUCUUACCUAAUUUGCAAGUCCUUGCGCGCUCAUCGCCUGAAGAUAAACGUAUUCUCGUUGCACGCCUGAAGCACCUUGGUGAGACCGUGGCAGUUACAGGAGAUGGUACGAAUGAUGGCCCUGCUCUCAGAACAGCAGACGUGGGCUUCUCCAUGGGAAUCGCAGGAACAGAAGUUGCGAAAGAGGCCAGUUCGAUCAUUCUCUUGGACGACAAUUUCAAAUCUAUCGUCACGGCGAUAUGCUGGGGUCGCGCUGUCAAUGAUGCCGUUGCGCGAUUCCUUCAAUUUCAAAUCACAGUGAAUAUUACUGCUGUUGCCUUGACGUUCAUCUCAGCCGUUUCGAACGACGAUAAUAAGAGCGUUCUCACAGCGGUUCAGCUACUAUGGGUCAACCUCAUCAUGGAUACCUUUGCUGCUCUAGCACUUGCCACUGAUGCACCAACGGAGAAGAUCCUAGACCGCAAGCCGACACCAAAGUCAGCAUCGCUCUUUACGAUGACAAUGUGGAAAAUGAUCAUUGGACAGAGUAUUUACCAGCUCGUUGUGACGUUUACGCUUUAUUUCGCAGGUGCAAAGAUCCUUAACUAUGAUGUCGCCGCGAAUGAGGAGCUGCAAAAGCAAUUGGAUACCAUUGUCUUCAACACAUUUGUGUGGAUGCAAAUCUUCAAUGAGUUUAACAAUCGCCGGCUUGACAAUAAAUUCAACAUCUUCGAGGGCAUGUUGAAAAAUUACUGGUUUAUGGGCAUCAACUGUCUUAUGAUUGGUGGCCAGAUCAUGAUUAUCUUCAUUGGCGGCAUUGCCAUUGGUGUUGUUCGCCUCGACGGUGUGCAAUGGGCGAUCUGCAUUCUCUGUGCAGUCUUUUGUCUUCCAUGGGCUAUCGUACUGCGCUGCAUCCCCGACAAACAUUUUGCAGUUGUCUUUAAUGGUGCCACUGGAGCUGUUGCCUUCGUUUGGAGGCCGUUCGCAAAAGCCAUGUCAUUCGUGUUCUCUCCAGUGGGAAGGAUGUUUUCCGCAAUCUGGGCCCCGUUCCGACGUUUUUGCUCGCGCAUCAAAUCCAAGUUCGUCAAAAAGGACCCGUCCACAGACGAAUCUGAGGCAGAGACCUACGAUGAAGAGGCUCCUAAGUUCGAGAAAGAGGAGGGUGAGAAAACCCCCCAACCAGCACAUGCCAAUCUGCCCCCAAUCACGUUAACUGGGCCAAGUUAG